GGAAUCCGCUUCAAAUUCUCCAUCGCACCGCCGAGUCCACCCUCCCAGUCCCGUUCUCCACCUCCUCGCAGAAGGUCCUUCUCAAGCCCCCAGUUGUUGCCAUCACAAGACAUAUCUCAAUAUGUGGUUCUGGAAGAAACUGUCGCUGAAAGGUCUCGCUCUCGCACACCUCGCCGUCACCGAUCUCGUAGUGGAUCUCCAAGAAACGGGCAUGACAGUCGCCGCUAUCGGCGAUCUCGCUCCCCUCGUUCUAGAUCUCCCAUGUCCAAUCGUCGCAGACACAUUGGUACCCGCGACAACCCCGAGCCUUCCAAAUGUCUUGGAGUGUUUGGCCUCAGUGUAUACACAACUGAAAGACAGCUGCACAGCAUCUUUGACAAAUUUGGACCUCUAGAGAAAGUGCAAGUUGUACUGGAUUCAAAGACUGGGAAGUCAAGAGGAUUUGCUUUUGUGUACUUCGAGUCUCAGAAAGAUGCAACUGAAGCCAAGGAUGAAUGCACUGGCAUGGAAAUUGAUGGCCGUAGAAUCAGAGUAGAUUACUCAAUCACCAAGCGUCCCCACACACCCACUCCAGGGAUCUACAUGGGGAGACCCACCACCCGUGGUCAUGACCGAGGGUAUGGUGGGCGAGGUGGCGGAGGGUACAGAGGAGACAGGUACCGCUCUCCCUCACCUCGUUACAGACGUUCCAGCGGGGGUGGUCGCCGUGACUAUUAUGAUCGUGGGUAUGUACCCAGCCUGGGAAUUACACCACAGCUCAAGCCACUACCAAACAAAAAGUAUACAUGUGGAGGCAAGCUAGUUAAGCAAGUGUACAGAAGCCUGUUGUAUAUGUCUCAAGGCUGAAGAUGAUGAACCACAAGUUAUUGGUGAA